GUGCAUAAAGACUUAAUCUUCGUCGAGCAUGCUGUAAAUGCAGCCAGUAGUAUGUUUGUACAUAGGCUGCUUUGAAGAACACAUACACGUAAUUGUAACGGCAAGAGCAGCACUUGUUGGAAGACCAGAUGAACAGUUAAAAAGGUCCAGGAAGUCCCUUGACUCACGUACACCCAAAGUUAGGCGGCACCAAAACUCCCUAAUUAUAAAACGACAAGUAGUAGACAGUAAAGAAAGUAUAUAAGUCGAUCAGUCUGGGGCAACCUACUUGUGCGCACACCGCUAUUGAACCCUUUGCUUCGUGUUUGACUGCGGCAUGGUAUAAGGAACCCUCUAGUGCCGUUCAGCCGUCUUCCUUUAUUGAAAGCCGGCCUGUAUCAGCUACGAGUGCCAUCUACAACAAAACCAACAAGAACGAGCUUCAUUUAUAGUGGUAAAGCAACAGAGUAAAGACCACACAAUUAAGACAUCAGGAGGUCCACACUCAUGAGAGAAUGUCACAAAAAGAUACGAUGGCCCACACUAAAGAGAAACCAUUUGUUUGUGACAAAUGCGGCAAAGGCUUCUCGGGUAACUCCGCUCUAAAACAACAUCGGAAUAUCCAUACUAAGGAUAAACUAUUUAUUUGUGACAUUUGUGGUAGAGGCUUUACACAGAAUAGCAGUCUCAAAAGACAUCAGCAGGUCAACACUCAUGAGAGAAUGUCGCGACAACAUACGAUGGCCAACACUAACGAGAAACCAUUUGUUUGUGACAUUUGCGGCAAAGGCUUCUCGUGUAACACAACCCUUAAACAACAUCGGAAUAUACACACCAAUAACAAACCAUUUGUUUGUGACAUUUGUGGUAAAGGCUUUUCACAGCAUGGGAGUCUUUACAGACACCAGAAACUCCACACUAAUGAGAAGCCAUUUGUGUGUGACCUUUGCGGGAAAGAUUUCUCACAAAAAUGUCACCUUCAGCAACAUCAGAGGGUCCACACUAAAGAAAAACCAUUUCUCUGUGACAUUUGUGGCAAAGUUUUCUCGCGUAACGCCAACCUACGACAACAUCAACGGAUCAGUCACACAAAUGAGAAACCAUUUGUUUGUGACAAUUGUGGCAAAUGCUUCUCUGAUAGUGGCGACCUACAAAAACAUACAGUGGUCCACACAAAGGAGGAGAAACCAUCGGUUUGUGACAUUUGUGGCAAAGUCUUCUCAGGUAACGGCUACCUACAGCGACAUCAACGGAUUCACACUAAAGGGAAACCAUUUGUUUGCGACAUUUGUGGCAAAGACUUCUCGCGUAACAGCAACCUUCAAAUGCAUCAGAAGGUCCACACUAAUGAGGAACUAUUUGUUUGUGACAUUUGUGGCAAAGGCUUCUGGCGUAACAGCAACCUACAACGACAUACGGUGGUCCACACAAAGGAGAAGAAACCAUUGUUUUGCGACAUUUGCGGCAAAGUCUUCUCGCAGAAACGUAACCUUCAAUUACAUCAGAGGGUCCACACUAGUGACAGACCAUUUGUUUGUGACAUUUGUGGUAAAGGCUUCCGCUACAGUGGCAACCUUCAAAGCCAUACGAUGGUCCACACUAAAGAGAAACCAUUUGUUUGCGACAUUUGUGGCAAAGGCUUCUCGCGUAACGGCACCCUACAAAUGCAUCAGAAGGUCCACACGAAGGAGAAACCAUUUGUUUGUGACAUUUGUUGCCAAAGCUUCUCGCAGAAAGGUAAUCUUCAACAACAUCAGACGGUCCACACUAAUGACAGACCAUUUGUGUGUGACAUUUGUGGCAAAGGCUUCCGCUAUAGUGGCAACCUACAAGAACAUACGAUGGUCCACAAAGAGAAACCAUUUGUUUGCGACAUUUGUGGCAAAGUCUUCUCACGUAACAGCAACCUAAAACGACAUCAACGGAUUCACAGUAAUGCGAAACACUUUCUUUGCAACUUUUGUGGCAAAUGCUUCUCUGAUAGUGGCUGGCUACAAAAACAUACGUCGGGCCACACAAAGGGGAAAUCAUAUUUUUGCAACACUUGUGGCAAAGACUUCUCGAGUAACAGCAACCUACAAAUACAUCAGAAGGUCCAUACUAAAGAAAAACCAUCUGUUUUGCGGCAUCACAUUUGCGACAAAAGCUUCUUACGGAAAGGUAACCUUCACCAACAUCAGACAUGUCACACCAUUGAGGAACCAUUUGUUUGUGACAUUUGCCACAAAGGUUUCUCACGACUAGGUAACCUUCAACAACAUCAGAGGGUCCACACUAAUGACAGACCAUUUUUGUGUGACAUUUGUGGCAAAGGCUUCCGCUAUAGUGGCAACCUACAGAGCCACACGUCGGUCCACACUAAAGAGAGACCAUUUGUUUGCGACAUUUGUGGCAAAGGCUUCUCGCGUAACGGCACCCUACAAAGGCAUCAGAAGGUGCACACGAAGGAGAAACCAUUUGUUUGUGACUUUUGCUGCCAAAGCUUCUCACAGAAAGGUAACCUUCAAGUACAUCAGAGGGUCCACACUAAUGACAGACCAUUUGUGUGUGACAUUUGUGGCAAAGGCUUCCGCUAUAGUGGCAACCUACAAGAACAUACGAUGGUUCACACUAAAGAGGAACCAUUUGUUUGCGACAUUUGUGGCAAAGUCUUUUCACGUAACAGCAACCUACAACGACAUCAACGGAUUCACAAUAAUGAGAAACCAUUUGAUUGUGACAUUUGUGGCAAAUGCUUCUCUAAUAGUGGCUGCCUACAACAACAUGCGGUGAUCCACACAAAGAAGAACUCAUAAUUGUUUUGCGACAUUUGUGGCAAAGUAUUCUCACAGAAAGGUAACCUUACGUACAUCAGAGGGUCCACACUAAUGACAGACCAUUUGUGUGUGACAUCAUGCAAAGGCUUUCGCAACCUACAACUUAGUACAAGGACAUCAGAGCGUCCACACUAAUAGGAAACCAUUGUUUGUGACAUUUGCGACAAAGCCUUUAAGCAUAACGGCGGCCUACAACGACAUCAACGGAUCCACACUAAUAAGAAACCAUUUACUGAAUUGGU